UACCUCUUCUUUGGAUAGGUUUCUUAUGAUAUGGAAGCUGAAGGCACAGUCCAGAGCGUUCAGAUUUGUAGGGCACGUGGAAGCUGUGACCAGUGUACAGUUCUCACCAGAUGGGCAACUAGUUGCUUCGGCUUCUCAGGAUCGUACUGUCAGACUAUGGAUUCCUUGUAUUCAUGGAGAAUCAUCAGUACUAAAAGGUCAUACAGCACCUGUUCGUAGCGUGAGCUUCUCACAGGAUGGCCACUUUCUAGUAUCAGCAUCCAAUGAUAAAUCGAUAAAAAUAUGGAGUGUUCACCGUCAGCGCCUUUUCUUUUCUAUAUCCCAGCACACUCACUGGGUUCGCUGUGCCAAAUUUUCACCUGAUGGAAGAAUAAUAGCAUCUUGCAGUGAAGAUAAAACUAUUAAAAUAUGGGAUACAAGAAAUAAAACAUGUGUUGAUAGCUUCGUAGAUUACGGAGGAUUUGCAAAUUUUGUGGAUUUCAAUCCAAGUGGUACCUGUAUAGCUUCUGCAGGUUCCAAUCAUACAGUGAAACUGUGGGAUAUUCGAACAAACAAGCUACUACAGCAUUACAGAGUUCACAGAGCAGGAGUUAACUGUGUGUCGUUCCAUCCUUCUGGUAACUAUCUCGUCACUGCUUCUACUGAUGGUACCCUUAAGAUUUUGGACCUCUUAGAAGGAAGGCUUAUUUACACACUUCAUGGACACAAGGGACCGGUCCUUUCUGUGGCUUUUUCAAAAGGUGGUGAAAAAUUUGCCUCAGGUGGAGCAGAUGCUCAGGUAUUUCUUUGGAAAACCAACUUUGAUUCAUUUGAUUAUAAAGAAGUUCUUAAGCAGCAUAUUAGAAGAACGCAUACUGAUGACCCUCCUCAUCUUCUUGAUAUUUACCCAAGGUCACCACAUCCGCAUGAUGAAAAAUGUCAGUCAGUUGAGGUCAACCCUAGCUUUGAUGUGCCUGAUACACAAACACAUGACCCACCAAUCAUAGAAAUAAGUUCCUCUUCAUCUUUCAAUACUCUGAGGAGGGGAGCUGGAUUUUCAAAUGGUGUUUUUACAUUCAAGGAUGAUAUCAGCAGUGAAGAGUCGCAGUAUCCCUCUGCUUCAGGCUUGGCUACAAGUCCCAAAAGGAAAUCAGAGAAUGAAAGUGAAUCAGCUUUGCGUAAUGUGGAGAAGCAAAGAGGCAUCUCCCCAUCCCUGGCUAAUGCUUUGGAGCACAUAGUGGAGCAGCUGGAUGUUUUAACUCUAACUAUUUCAAUCCUGGAACAACGGCUCACUUUGACUGAAGAUAAAUUAAAAGAAUGCUUAGAAAAUCAGCAAAAAAUGUUACCUCAGGGAAGACAGGGAGAAUAAAAAACACAAAUAAUCUGUACUGAUGAAUAUGUUUUCUCAAGGAAAUAAUAAAUGUUGCUUCACUGUAUUUGGCUAUAAGCAAAAAAUAAUAAUUUAUUUUCUUAUUUUAACAAGUCAGUUUAAUAAAAGUGAAGAAAAAAUACACAACACAUUUUAAACAUUGGUAGCAAGCAGAUAUUUUUGUUACAUAUUUAAUAAAAUGCAGCCCAGCCAAAACUAAUAAUUUCUCAAAUCAUUCCCAUUGAAAGUUACAGGAGUGUUAUUUCAACCUAAGAUCUUUAAAUACAACUAAGCAACGAACUAUGCAAUUUUAGAUGGAUAGUAAUUAUUAUGGAAGUGCACUGUGCAGGUUUUUCAACCUAGAAAAGGGCUGUGAAAAUGAUGCUCUUUGUGCUAAGGCAAUUUUACUCAAGCAUCUAAAUUAAAUAAGACCUAAUUACCACUAACUGCUAAAAUGCCAUGGGUUUUCUGUCUCUUACAUUAGUAUGUUUUACGAAAAAGUGAUGACAGGUGCUCUUCAUCUUCUAAAUAUUUCAGUGGUGAUUAUAAGAUUUUUAAGUGUAAAAACUUUCAGUUCCAAAUAUAAAAAUGAAGUCACUUAAACUUUGAAACAACAGUUGGAUCUGUGAAUUCAGCUGCAAGAUUGGUGCAUUAUCUUAUAUUUCCAUUCAUUAUGUAAUCCAUUAAAAAUCAUUCUUCAUGUUUAGAAGAGCAAAUUUACUUUCAGACUUCUGAAGAAUGAGAAAACUAAACACAAAAUAAUAUGAAGUCUGUAUCCUAAGUACGAAAGAUUCUCAUCCUCCAAGGACUUGCAGAGGUGCUCAGACUUUGCAUGCUAUGAAUGGCCUCCCCAGAAAUCAGUUAACACUGUAUAAAUUAAGCCAUAAAUCAGUAAAGACCUUUUGUGAGUCAGUUUGCAAUGUAUGAUGAAUUUUGUUUCUAUUUCUAAUAAAGAUAUGAUUUUUAGAAAGACGUAGAAUUGCUGGUAUUAUUCUUUAAUAGAGAACAUCUUUCCUUCUUUACGUGGCCAUACUAUUUUUUAAAUGGCAAUUGUAGAACACCUCUUGUAAAUCCACAGUCAAAACUAAACCAUGUUCCCUUUCUGCAGCGUCGUAUUUUGUAUGUUGAAAAAUAAGACAAUUGAAAUGAGCGUUUUAAUCCAGCUCUGCAACUGACUGUACAUAGCUAAAGCCCAUUUGCUAGACUGAACCUCAUUAAAGUCAAUAGAAUUCAGCUUAAGCACAGAAUCUCACUGUGCAAAUAUUAGUGCAGUUGGAGCCAAAGCAAUGAGCAGUAGAUUUUUUUAAAACUUUU